GCUGAACACGCCCACUUUUUGGACAAUAAUUUUCUGUGUUCUCGGAAUCAGGUCGCGACUUUCUUUCCGCUGCUAAUCCCAGUGAUAAUACCAUUUUUUUUUCCAAAUUAACGCGUUAUUGAGAUCCUCUUUAGUCCCAUUUUCGCCCCUGCGCUCCGGCGCCUUUUUUAACGGCAUGGUAUCGCGAAAGCGCAGCCGCUCCGAGGCGAAUGCUCCUGCGGAGCAGCCACAAGAGGGGCAUGGCCUUCUGACACAGCUUCGGAACUGCUGGGAGUUUGCGAAUCUCAUGCAGUAUAUCGCCAUAUUUGGGAAAAUCAUGAAAAUCGAUGAAGAUUUUGGAAUUGAAGAUCUGGAAAACGAAUGUCUUAAACCUAGUCCUUCGGAAAAGUUGUUGGAGAUCGGCCUCUGCCUCUUGAAAUGGGUUUCGUCGCACCGUGGACUCACGUUCGACAACUUUGACGAGUAUACGCGACGACAGUAUAAUGCGAAAGCUCCCCACAUCCCGAACCCCUUCGGUUACGACGAAGUUCCCAACAAGUUCUUGGAUUUCGAUGUCUUCCAGAAGCUGCGCGUCCUACAUCAGUUGAGCAUCUGGACAUUCUGGAACCCCGACCGGAUUCGUGAUAAAAUGCCGGAACAAAGGGAGAAUGACCAAAUGCAAUGGCGCAUUGAGGAAGUCGGGUACGACCGUGAAGGCCGGUAUUACUAUAUUUUGGAUGACAACAGACUCUACCGUCGCACCGAUCCUCCCCUCCCUUCUCCGAAGCCUUCCAAGUCUAAGUCUAAGACCAAGAGGAAAAGCGCGCGAGCCGUAAGGGCAUCAAAGCGGAGAAAGGUUACGGGCCAUGACUACGACGAGGAUUCGGACGAAGAUAAUACUGAGCCCAUCGAGGAACCCGCGGAUCCCUUCAGUACGAUGAAGUGGGAAUGCAUCGCAAUCACACUUGACGACUACCGGAACUUCCUGGAUUCGAUACGAAGUACGAGAGAUGCGGAUGAGAAGAUUCUCCGGGGCAGGAUUGAAGAACAGGUACUACCGAUUAUUGAACAGGAGGAAGCCGCUCAGGAACGGCAAAAGGUCAAGCGCGAAAAGGAGCUUAUCAACCUUCAACUUCUUGCUGGUGCGAAGAGGUCAAGUCGCCUUGCGCAAAAGUCGGAGAAAGAGCGACAUGAGCGGGAGGCCAUUGAGGCAGCACAAAAGCGGGAGGAAGAAUUAGCGGCCGCUCGUAAGGAGGAGGAAAGGUUGAAGAAGAUGGAGAAUGACAGACAUUCACGUAUCAUGACUCGGGAGCAGCGCAUCAGGGACCGUGAGAGGAAUCGCGUACUUCAAGAGGCUGAGCUGCAAAGAAUCCAGGAAGAGCAGCAGAAGCUUGAGAGGGGUGAAAGCAGGAUUUCCGAACGGCAGCUUAAAGCGGAGCUUGAAAAGCAACGGAAGAAUCUAGAGGAUCUCUCACAAGAAGACGAGUGGAUCUUUGACUGUUCGGGAUGUCAUGUUCAUGGAGAAAACUGGGAUGAUGGCAAGCACAGCGUCGCAUGUGAGAAGUGUAAUGUGUGGCAGCAUAGCGAGUGCCUUGGAAUAGACGAGAAAGAGGCAGAACGCGAGGACUUUCAUUUCGUCUGCCGCGACUGCAAGCGCCGUGAGGAAGAAUCGAAGCUCCCCAAGUUGCCGCCCCUCAAGUUCAAGCUCGGCUCUUCCCCUCCGUCAAACGCUACUGUCGAGGCCCGCGGCCCCCAUGGGCCGGCUGAUAUGCUAUCCUCGAGGACUUUGUCCACGAAGAAAGAGCAUCAACACCCUGUAUCGACGGCUGUCAACGGGUCGCCGUCGAAACAUCCAGCGCCACACCCUUAUUUACCUCAGCCCCAAGUCUCGACCCAUGUUAUGCCGUUCCCUCCUUCUCCCGAACGCCGACCUCAGUCCUCACAUACAAACCUCUUUAGUCCUGCUCGCGCUCCUUUCUCCCCGUCCAAGGGCAUGAACGGCCUUGCUCACUCUCAGGAGCAGGCUCCAAAACUACCGCCGAUUCACCAUUUCCCUUCAAACGGCCGUGGUCCGCUUCCUCCCGCUGCUUCUUUCGGUACACGCCGACCUUCCUCUUCCCACUCGAACCCUAGCCCUUCUCUCCCGUCUCCUAUUCAAAAUAGACCGUCUAUGUCCCCCACUCAGGGUAAUCGUGAUGUCGGACCUCUUGCUGGUUUCCCACCUAUGGCUUCAUCCGAUGGCCCAGCGCCGUGGACCCCCUACGGACCGAAUCAGACUCCACGUCCUAACACCGGAAAUCACUUGUCAUUCUCAUCUGCUCACAAUGGCCACAUGUCCUUUACCGCGACUCCUACUGCUAACAGGGCUUCAUCCCCGUACAAUGGUCAACCCGCCCUACUAUCUGGACUGAGCCCGACGAAACAGUCUCCACGGCCGAUGACCGCAGGAGGCAUGGCAGGUGCCCCAAUUCUACCUCCUGUGCAAAGACUAGAGCCGAGUCCUAAGUUGAUGGGAAGAAGCUCGCCUGAUGCACCGAUUCCACCACCGGUGAAAUGCAUGACCCCGGAACAGGAGGAGCGGAGACAGAGAGAGAAUGCGAUGGGAUUGCACAAUCACUUUGCGGUUGCCGCUAACAGCCAAUCCAUCAAUCGUAUUCCGCCUCUUGAACCAUCGCCGUUGGUGCCGAAGCCUGAGUCGUCAGAUGCCCAACGCUCAUAAACACCACAUACAGUGUUUUUUCUCGCUCCUGAUCAAUUGAAACGACCAUAUGCAUGUAUCUUUUUUUAUCACUUUUCUGUCACCUUUCGUCCACUUUUCCUUCACUUCCUAAUAACUUCGCGGACGAUUUUCAAUACUAGCCGACGACUCGGUCACUAUUCCGGCUAGAGUUGUGGGUCUCUAUCCGUGCCACGAAGGUCUGUGCUUGCUGGAACUCGUUUUGUGUGGAUUGUGGAAAUAUUAUCAGCAACGAAUCGGGGACACCAACCGCCUGUGGAACAGCCUGGAGAUCGACAUGCCCUAACUAGCGCCCUACCCCAUACUCCAAAGGAGGAUGCUGGAACCCCCGGGAGGUUAAUUGAACGACGUGCAUCACACACACUCAAGGAGUCAAGACGCCAUUUGAGUUUCGAGCUUGUCCUGCUGCCGGCUCAUCAGCAGUCAGCCGUCAGCAGUGCAGCUUCGGUCCAUAUUGUACGAUUAUUGGUUUGAUGGUUGUUUUACUUCGUUUUUUCCUUCUCCCUUCUCCAAUUCCUCUUUUUCUUGAUUACUUACGCACGUCCUCAUUAUGUUUGCUGCGAGAGAAUAUCGUUUCCUCGUCCAGAACCUUUCCCAGUCAAGUUCCAAACCGGUCCCAAUCUUAUCACCCAAUCUCUACUCUCGGGUUCAGCCCCAG